CAAUUGUCCUUUCUGCACCGAGUUUCUUCAACUUUUGGAACUAGAGAUAUACAAAACUGUCUUUGCACCAGUUCCUAACAUUUUAAGACAUCAUGUCACAAGCUUUGGCUUUCCUUCAUCAAACAGAAACCGACCGGAGGCUCAUCUAUCCAUUUGGGCUCCAUAAAGGCAUUUUAGCUUAGCCACGACGCAUAGUUCUUGAGCUCUUCCAAGACAAGUGAGCUCUCACACCAUGCAUCCUUCUUCUUCACAACUGAGACACCCCUUUUGUAUAUAAAUAUUCCCUCCAUGAAAACCUUUUUCUCCUAGCAUUUUUGAGAGCCAGCCAUGGCAAUCUUUGCCAUACUAUUUCUUGCUACUGGAUUCAUGGCGAGUACCAAGGCUCUUAGUAGGGCUGACUUCCCUAGUGGCUUUGUUUUUGGAACGGCUUCUUCAGCUUACCAGUUUGAAGGAGCUGUAAACGAAGGGAAAAGAGGAGACAGUAUAUGGGAUACUUUCACAAGGAGACCAGGAAGGAUUUUGGAUUUUAGCAAUGCAGAAAUAGCAGUCGAUCAGUAUCAUCGAUAUAAGACUGAUGCGGACCUGAUGAAGGACAUGGGAAUGGAUGCAUACAGAUUCUCAAUCUCAUGGUCCCGGAUCUUCCCAAAUGGAACUGGGGAACCCAACCCAGAAGGAAUUAGCCACUACAACAGUCUCAUAGAUGCUUUGUUAGAGAAAGGAUUACAACCAUAUGUUACUCUCUAUCACUGGGACCUUCCGCAGUCUCUUGAAGAUAGAUAUGAUGGAUGGCUGAGCAGACAGAUAGUAGAAGAUUUUGAGCAUUAUGCCUGUACUUGCUUUGAAGCUUUUGGGGAUAGAGUAAAGCACUGGAUCACCUUCAAUGAACCUCAUGGAUUCUCAAUUCAGGGUUACGACUUAGGCCUGCAAGCUCCAGGAAGGUGUUCUAUACUAUCUCAUUUGCUAUGCAGAAAGGGUAAAUCAUCAACUGAACCAUACAUUGUUGCUCACAAUAUCCUCUUAUCACAUGCUGCUGUGUUCCAUACUUACAAGCGCCUCUUUAAGGCAAAACAGGGUGGUUCUAUCGGAAUUGCUCUAGAUUCCAAAUGGUAUGAACCAAUAUCUGAUGCAGAUGAGGACCAUGAUGCUGCUCACAGGGCAAUGGACUUCGAAUUAGGAUGGUUCUUGGAUCCCCUAAUCUUUGGGCACUAUCCUCGCUCAAUGCAGAAUAUUGUAGGCAGUAGGCUGCCAAAAAUUACAAGUGAGAUGUCUAAGUCAUUGGCUGGGACACUGGAUUUUGUAGGCAUAAACCACUACACCACAUUAUAUGUGCGAAAUGAUCGAAUCAGAAUAUGGAAUCUUGUAAUGGAUGAUGCUUCAACUGACGCGGGUGUGAUCACAACUUCUUUCCGACAUGGAGAGAUGAUUGGUGAAAAAGCUGCGUCACAUUGGCUGCACAUAGUCCCAUGGGGAUUUCGCAAGCUAAUGAGAUACGUCAAGGAGAAGUAUGGAAAUCCAUUAGUAAUUAUAACAGAAAAUGGUAUGGAUGACCUAAACAACCCAUUUGCUACUCUAGACAAAGCGCUCGAGGAUAACAAGAGGAUACAUUACCAUAGAGACUAUCUUUCUAAUCUAAGCGCCGUCAUAAGGGAGGAUGGCUGCGAUGUACGUGGUUACUUCGUGUGGUCGCUACUCGAUAACUGGGAAUGGAACUCAGGCUACACUGUUCGAUUUGGCCUCUAUUUUGUUGAUUACAGGAACAACCUUACAAGGAUACCAAAAGCUUCUGCUAAAUGGUUUAGACAUUUUCUACAAAGACACUAAUGUGUAAUUCUGCUAAGCAAAAUAAUAUGAGUUACAGUUCACAGUGACAACAGCACUUGCCAUUUUAGGACAUGUUGUAGGAGAACCACUAGUAAGCACUUUGUCAUCUUCAUCAAAUUUUUUAAUGUAUUAUCCAUUCCAUUAGUUAUAAAAUUUCAGAGUCUACGGUGAUGCUCUAUUUGUUUUAAA